AGCCUGAAAUUUUCAGGUAAAAAAUGAACACCAGUGAAUACCAAAAUCCUCCUUCAAAAUACUCAACAUCAACCCAAACACCCCAGCUACCAAAAGUAGCCCGCAUCGUACCAAAAUAUUCAGUCGUUUGCGAGAAUUCACUUGAAGUUGUUCUCUUUGGAACAGAUAAUGGAGUCUUUGGAAAGUACAUCUUCAAGAAUAAUGAGUUUCUAAAAGCUCCAGAUUGCGUUUGCCAAUCUUGUUUGCGGGCUGAUGACAUCAACCUCUUUACUGAUUCGGUGGAAGUUCAGGGAUUGAGAGCAACUGACAAAUUACACAGAGGCAUUGAUGGACAACGGUUGAUGUGUAUUGGAAUAUCAUGGAUUGGAUGUAAGCAGUCAGGAGUUAUGGACACAUUUGUGAAUAUACAUGGAAUAAUUGGAAAGUACCGAAAAACACCGGAAGGCUUGAUACUGAAAGACGAAAACAAGGCCAUUGCGCUUCUACCAAAUUUUCCGAUUCAGAAUACUCAAGCAAUUAUGGAGAAGGAUUUGCUUCUUCUCAACACCAAAAUAUGCCCUCAUGUAUCCCAAAAAAUCUACUUCUGCAAAACCACAAAAUCAGAAAGUGUACACCAAGUCGUUCUCAACAAAUUAACCCUCCACUUUGAAAUUAUCAAAUGUUCAGUCUGUACUUAUGAUAAAAACUUGGAAUUGGAGUAUUAUGACAAGAAGACGAAACUUUAUGCGGAAACGGUGAGAUGUGAGACGACGGAAAAGUUUGCAAUUGUGCGAUCAGCUAAAAAUGAGAAUAUUUUUCUGUCGACUUACUGUCCGAAGACACUUGACCUAAAACUCCAAAGCCCAGUUGCAAUGGAAGAGAGAAAAUUGACAAAUUCAGAAUCAAAUAAUUGGUACAACACAUCAAAAAGUUGCGAGGAGAAUAUCCUCGAAAAAAUGUGCCCAGCCAAUGAAAAUCACCAAACUCUUGUUGCCACGGAAGGCGCAACUUUUGGCACAAUAUACUGGAUGAUGAAUGAGAAUUAUAAAAUUGAUCCAUUCAAAAUUGCGCCAACAAUUCCUGGAACUGGAACAUUUCUCACCAUCUUGUCCAGUUUGGACGUUUUUAAAAGCCGGAAAGUGAUUGCAAGCAAGUUUACUUUAUUCGAGAACGUGACUCCUAAAGACUUGAUCGAUCACAGAUGUGAGGAUUGUGAGAACAACGUGCGUCCUACAGACGCAUGGCUUGAGUCUGAUAAAGGAAAACCUACUCUACGCAAUCAAAUGCAUCCGGAUUACCACCCGACUUACAAAAAGAAUUCCGAAUAUGAAGAUGCACAGGAGGAUUUUGAUGAUAUUGAGCUGAAAGUUUUCCAAAAAUUGUGUAAUAUGGAGGACAACUUGUUCAAGCAGAUAAUCGAUUUUGAAAAACCAAAGGAACAGUUUACCGCACCACCACACCCACAAAUGACUCACCGUGUUGCCCAACCUCAUUAUGUUCCAGUGGAAUAUUUCAAUCACACGAUAUCAGACUUGCUUAGACAAAUAUCAGGUCUGCAGCAUGAGCAAGCUAUGCAAAAUGGACAAAUGCAGCAUAUGGCCAAUGAAAUUCGAAGCAUUGGAAAUGCAGUUUGCAGUCUACACUCAUCACAACUACAACAGCCGCCUAACAGUGCCGCAAGCAUGUUUCCGUACCCGAUUCAUCCGAUGCCUUCAACCUUUCCACAGCAAGCACCUCAUGCUCCAAAUGCUCCUCAAAUGACAGCCAACUCAAUGCAAAGCAUCGCAGAGCUCAUACUCGCGCAAAGAGGAAUCGCACCAAGAAGAGAAAGACGUCUCACAGAAGGUCCUAAAAAGUAUAACAGAGUGAUCCCACCUUCACCCCGAAUUCCAAGUUCAACUGAUAAAAAGGAAAUGCUGAAAAAAUCGAAUGAUCGGUUUGAUAAGCUUAGAGAAGAAGUUUCCGAUGUAAGGACACAAUUGUCUGGUUUGGAAGACACUACUUUCAAAAAGCCGAAAAAGCUGCACUUCCUUGAACCAGACGAAGAAUCAGAGAGCGACGAGAACGGCAAUGAUGUGGACGAAUUUUCAGAAGCUGAUGAUGAUGAUGAGGACGUGGAUCGAGAAAUGAAAGUUCUUGUCGAGUCACUCAAAAACCGCGUUCAAUAGUUUUUUACCCCAAAACUCAAUCAAACUACUCUCAAAAAUUGAAAUUCCUAUAUCUUUUGAUUUCAAUUGUGCAUGUUUUUUCUUAUCUUCUUCCUGUGUUCUCAUCCCCAAUUUUCUGGUUUUCAUAUGGAAAUCUGUGACAAAACGAUUCCAUAUCCUCAAUUACACAUAGAAACCCCAUUUUUACUGUACGUUUCCAGCUACCUUUCCUUUCAUAGUAUCCUAGUUUCACUUGAAUUUCCUGCUUUUUCGUCCUGCUAUAAAAAGUUAUACAACUGGGAAAUAA